AUGCCAGACCUGCUUACCAUCACCUCUCCAGUUUCACCCCAAGGCCCACUACCUGUGUUAGCCUCAGCUCCUGCCCAGGCUACAGUGGUGCAUUCAGUCCCUGUCCAGGCUGCAGCUCCAACCCCAGUAGUAGUCCCAGCUGCAGGGACACGCCGAAUCCAGAGACAAGCCUCCACCAAAAAAGCCCCACCUCCUCCUCCACCUCGCUCUACGUCAGUCUCCUUGCCCCAGACCUCAGCAGAGCCUACGUCAAUCAGGGCUGUCCAACAUGUCUCCCCGACCAUGACCACCGCUAUAGCCAUUGGAGCAGGUCUGCCUAGCCAGCCCAUACAGUCUGUGGUGGUGGAUAUACAGCCGCGGGUGGAGCAGAUCGUGUCAGAGGGUGGUGCUGGCCCUCAGGUCAUGAUGACCCCAACCAGACAGGGGCAUGUGGUCAUCAUAGUUCCGAACGUGGAGAACAUGCCGGUGAUCAGCCAGACGACCCAAGACCCUGUGGCAUACUCAGUGGCAAUAACUACCACCUCUGCUGUUGAUAAAGGCAGAAGUCAGAUGGCAGCAGGGCCUGUGGUUGUGAGUGUUGCUCCUUUCCCUACUGCUCCCUCUGUUCCUGCUGUACCCAGCUCAGACACAUGUAUACCUGUGGCAGAUACACCACCACCUCCACCUCCUCCCACUGCUCCACCACCUCCUGCCACCUUACCCAAGCCAGUGGUUUAUCCCAAAAAGCCUUCAGUUUCCAUCCCACCUUCAGUCCCAACUACAGUGCCAGUCUCAACUGCUGUUACAAUAGCACAGGCAACUGUAACAACCACAGGCCCCAGUCCGGUACACAAGGCCUCUGCACCCCCUCCAGUCCCCCCCAAGCCUGUGUCCAUCCCUGCAGGGCUGGUGUUCAGCCACCGUCCAGGGGAGAGCAUCAAACCUCCAGUGGUUCCCACCACUAGCCGUACACUUCCCAGGACCAGAGAAGUGGUACCAAACGCCAGCAUAGCACAGCCAUUCACAGCCACAACACUGCCCAGGACCAGAGAACCUCCCAAUGCCCUGUAUUUGAGUCUGACCACCCCAGUGGAGCCCAAGAUGAGUGCUACCUCGCCCAGGUCCCCUCUGUCUCCGAGGUACGCCAAUUGUCUGGAAACAUAUGUGGUGAUAACACUUCCCUCAGAGCCUGGCACACCCACAGAGGGCAUCACUGUCCAAGCCCCCAUCAGGAGAGGGUCCAUCCCCUCCACUAUGCAGACAGGCCCAAGGGUUAGGACCACACCAUCAGAACAACAGUCACCCAUUGAGGCCUUCUCAGCCCAGACCACUGUCAGGAGAGCAUCAGUUCCCUCAUUGAGGCAGCCACCACCACCAACAGCAGCAAUAGUACCAGUCGAAGUAGCAACACCCCUAGAGGGAGUCACUGCAACAGCAAGGCGGCCUUCCAUACCAUCAGCUAUGCAGCCUCCACACGGUGUGGCUGAGGUGGUGACCAUUUCAGCAGGGUCGGAGAGGCCUAUUCAGGUACACAGUGUCCCAGCUCCAAUCAAGAAACCGUAUAUACCUCCAACAGACCAGUCACCACAGAAAGUGUCUGAGGUUAGGACAAUGCCAUCAGAGCCACAGGUUUCUGUAGAAGUGUCUGCAGCUCAAGCUUAUGGUAGAAGGGCAUCAAUACCUGCUGUACCUCAGCAGCCACAAUAUGUGGCUGAAGUAAUGGCUUUACCAGCAGAGCAGGACAUACCUACAGAGGUGGUUUCAACUGAGGCCAUGUCUGGAAGAGCAUCAAUACCAUCAGAAAUGCAGCAACCACAAACCAUGGGAGAGUUAAUAGCAAUGCCCUUAGAAGCUAUGCCCCCAACCAUCCAUCAGUCAGCAUCACUGACAGAGGUGGUUUCAACUGAGGCUAUCUCUAGAACAGCAUCAAUACCAUCAGAAAUGCAGCAACCACAAACCAUGGCAGAGGUAAUGCCAUUGCAGCAGGAGAUACCUAUCGAAGCUCUCGCCAGCCAAGUCUAUGUAGAAGCUACACCCUCAACCAUGCAUCAGUCACCAUCACUGAUAGAGGUGGUUUCAACUGAGGCCAUCUUUAGAACAGCAUCAAUACCAUCAGAAAUGCAACAACCACAAAUCAUGGGAGAGGUAAUGCCAUUACAGCAGGAUAUACAUACCGAAGCUAUCGCCAGCCAAGUCCAUGUAGAAGCUACACCCUCAACCAUGCAUCAGUCACCAUCACUGAUAGAAGUGGUUUCAACUGAGGCCAUCUCUAGGAGAGCAUCAAUACCAUCACCAAUGCAGCAGGCACAAACCAUGGCAGAGGUAGCAGCAAUUCCCUUACAGCAGGAGAUACCUAUCGAAGCUAUCGCCAGCCAAGUCCAUAUAGAAGCUUCACCCUCAACCAUGCAUCAAUCCCCAUCACUGAUAGAGGUGGUUUCAACUGAGGCCAUCUUUAGAACAGCAUCAAUACCAUCAGAAAUGCAGCAACCACAAAUCAUGGGAGAGGUAAUGCCAUUACAGCAGGAUAAACAUACCGAAGCUAUCGCCAGCCAGGUCCAUGUAGAAGCUACACCCUCAACCAUGCAUCAGUCACCAUCACUGAUAGAAGUGGUUUCAACUGAGGCCAUCUCUAGGAGAGCAUCAAUACCAUCACCAAUGCAGCAGUCACAAACCAUGGCAGAGGUAGCAGCAAUUCCCUUACAGCAGGAGAUACCUAUCGAAGCUAUCGCCAGCCAAGUCCAUAUAGAAGCUUCACCCUCAACCAUGCAUCAGUCCCCAUCACUGAUAGAGGUGGUUUCAACUGAGGCCAUCUUUAGAACAGCAUCAAUACCAUCAGAAAUGCAACAACCACAAAUCAUGGGAGAGGUAAUGCCAUUACAGCAGGAAAUACAUACCGAAGCUAUCGCCAGCCAGGUCCAUGUAGAAGCUACACCCUCAACCAUGCAUCAGUCACCAUCACUGAUAGAAGUGGUUUCAACUGAGGCCAUCUCUAGGAGAGCAUCAAUACCAUCACCAAUGCAGCAGGCACAAACCAUGGCAGGGGUAGCAGCAAUGCCCUUACAGCAGGAGAUAUCAUCAAUACCAUCAGCUGCACCGCAACCACAAGCAGUGGCCGAAGUGAUGACUUUGCCUUCAGAGUAUGAAAUGCCUACGGAAGUUAUAACAACUGAGGCCACUACCACUAGAAGGACAUCCAUAUACUCUGUAGCACAACAACCAUACACUGUUGCUGAAGUAACGGCUUACCCAUCAGAAUAUGAAACACCCAUCCAGGUGGUUACAACUGAGGCUAUUUCCACUACAAGAAGAGCGUCUAUAACCAUGCAGCAACCCCUAAGUAUGGCCCAUGUUAUCACAAUACCUGCAGAGACAGAGAUACCUGUAGAGGCAUAUGCUGCCCAAGUCCCAUACAGGAGAGGAUCCAUCCUCUCAGCAGUGCAACCACCACAGGCAGUAUCAGAAGUGCUGACUUAUUCAUCAGAGUAUGAGACCCCCCUGGAGUUCAUUACAACUGAAGCCUACACCAGGAGAAUGUCAGUUCCAUCUAUCCAGGAAAUUCCCCAGACCGUCCCGGUGGCUCCAGUCACCAUCACCAGGAAGUUCCACCAGGAGUCAAUCGAGAGCCAGGAGAUCCGUGGGCCUGAGAAGGUGGUGUCCAGCCUGAGCCACAUGUACUCCUCAUCUAUCUCCACCUCAGCCCAGCCCCCAGAGUGCCUGCCCAGCCUGGUCACUCAGGUGGUCACCACUGAGGUUCAGAGAACCACUGUGUCUGUGGUCCAUGAGAGGCUGGCCCAGGUUCCUGCAUCCAAUGGAGUGGCCAUCACCAUCCAGCCAGACCUGGUUAAAGUCCAGCCCUCUCCCAAACAGAACGGGAAGAUCUACUCCGGUGAUGCCAUUGACCUCCGCACCAUUAAGGUCGGUGUGAAGAUGACCGAUUCAGGGAUGGAUUUGACACCCCAGGAAUCGAGUCGCCAAUCCAUCUGUAGCGACUCUAGUGGCCGACAUACGGCAGUGCAGCCAGAGAUAGUAAACCUGAGUGCUGAGAUCACCCCUUCCACCACGCUGUCUGUUGUCACUGAUAGCAUCACUAUCGUCACCUGUUCAGCCACCAUUGCCUCCUACACCAACGAGCCAGCAGAAAAGCCUUUAGAUCUGCAGGGUUAUGUUGCCUCCAUGCCUCUCCCUCUUACCACAUACAAACCAUUCGAGCCUCUGGCACAAAUAGUGUACAGACGGGUGGACUCUUCGCCUAUCGUCAACACGGUGGCAGCCACAGACACAGAGACACCAAUCAACCUGUCCUAUGGAGCCUUCAUGGUAAAUAGCAGGCUUCCAGUGACCAUGGCCCCAGCUAUCACCAACGUGGGGGCCAUGCUCUCAGAGCCAGCUGGAGCUGUGGAUCUGUCCUCCUCCAGACCCCUCAGGGCUAUGGUGGCUGUGUCCGGCAAGAGCCCUGGUGUAGUGACCACGGUCAUAGAGGAUGAUGGGACACCCAUAGAUCUGACAGCUGGGAGGAAUAUGUGCUGUGAUGUCAUCUACAAGCUACCUUUCACAGGGAGCUGUAGGACCCAGCCGCCAGUUAUUACCCAGCCUGACAAUCGCUUUGGCUACAGAGACGACCACUACCAGUAUGAUCAUGCUGGGGUUUAUGGCAUCAAGGGCCUGAACGGCAAAUCCAUGUCUGAGACCAACCUGGCUGAUGCAGGACUGUUCCUCUAUGAUGGAAUGACCAGAUAUGACUAUAACGGAGCCUCGGACAGUGCAAUAGACCUGACAGCUGCUAAUAUGUCUGCAGGUUGGUAUGGUCGAAAUAUAGCACGUUUGCUAGGUUUUGGGUUCAUUUAAACUUUUUACCUGCAUGAAGUUUAUUUCUGAAUGGUAACCUAUUUCUCUAGACAUUGUUUUACCUCAGUUAUCAUUAUGUUAAUUUUCUAUUAUGAUUAAAAUGUGCAUUUACUGUACUUUUGCAUGAUUUGUGAAACUAUCUUGAUUUUAAUAAAUGUUCUGUUCCUUUUGUCUUUUCUUUCUUUUACACAGAUGCAUGUGUAUGCCUGCGUGUUCUCCCACAAUAUUUUGGCUUUGCAUCAUGCUAGCUGGACAGACUGAAGAUACUUGCAUGCUUAGUGUUAUUAUCUCCCCAAAUCGAAUCUGCAUGGCCUUUUUUUGUAACGUUAUGAUGUUAUAAUCAUUGACUUAAACCUACAUUUCUGGACCCAUCAUGACAGGUGAAGCUCUAGACUACACCAGUAAAGCUGCUGGGGCGUAUACGGGAAUAUCCACUGCUCCAUAUUCCCAGGUCCCUGCUUAUAGUGUCUUUAGAUCCUCAGAUGGAAUGGUAUACUCCUCCAUAGCAGCCCCUGUUCCUUCUACAUACACCAUCACCACCCAGCCACGGUCCAUCUUCAGCACCACCCUACCUCCUACCACAACCCUCCAGGAGCAGCCAGCGCCAGCUCCACACCCCUAUGGCUUUAUCCCCACCAGUGACCCUGGCCAACAGAUCAUCAGCCUGGACACUGGCCUGCCCAAGGACCUGCUGCCCAGCGCUCUGGCUGACAUCAUGACUGGCUUCCCUGACCUGUACUCUGACCAGACCCUGGAGGCCAUAGCAGCCUCUCUGGACGCCCUGGCUUCAUCGCCUAUGUUCCCAGGUCUGGAUGACAGCAAGAUCACCCAGUACCAGAUGGAGAGGGAGUUCCUGGAGCUGGAGAAGCUGAAGCAGCUGUGUCUGGCUGAGGAGCUGGAGUGGGAGAGACAGGAGAUCCAGCGCUACCGUGAACAGGAGCAGAUCAUGGUGCAGAGGGAGCUGGAAGAGCUACAGGUAUGAAUGUGUGUGUACUGUAUAUGUCUCCUGUGUCGUGGUCACUGCUCAUGCUCACUGUUUUUAAUAUGUUUGUAUCAGAUACUGUAAGGUGAUGGACGAUAACGUUAAUCUAAUCUAUUAUAUUCUACAGGCUCUGAAAAAGCAGCUGUUAAUGCAACAGGAAGAGGAGCACCAGGCCCAACUUGUAGCCCAGCAAGAGACCUACAACCAGCAGAGGCAACAGCUAGAGCAGAUCCAACAGCUCCAGGUGCAGCUACAGCACCAAUUAGAGGAGCACUACAGUACUACAGGGUCAGACAACCUGCAAUUAGAGGAGCAGUAUGCAGGGGUUGGGGAUAACGGCCAAUACUGGCCUGUUAGGGAUGAGUCCACCACCUCAUCCACUGUCACCCAGCUAGAGGGUGGGGUGCAGUAUGGGACCAGCGAGGGUCAGAGAGAGGUUGGAGGUCAGGACCAGCUGCAGCUCAGUAGGAAACAACUAGCAGGGUCUAACCAGCCUGGUGACCAGGGGUAUGGUACAGGAGUGGUAGGGAAGAGGAUAGUGGACAGUGGGGUCCAGACAGACGAUGAGGACUCAGUAGACAGGAUGUAUGUAGGGAGGAGGAAGAGGAACAACAGGAGGGGUGUAGACAGCAGUGUUCAGACUGAUGAUGAGGAGGACCAGGAGGAUGAGUGGGACAUGCCAGCCAGGUCGCGGCGGCGCUCCCGCUCCAGUAAGCACAGCGGUGAGGGGAAACACGGCGGCUCUAAGGUCUCCAGCAUUGCCAUACAGACUGUGGCAGAGAUCUCUGUCCAGACCGACCACUCCGGGAGCAUCAAACGCCCCAGCAUCCAGAUGGACACUAAGGUGGAGAUCAUCAAACACAUCUCAGCCCCAGAGAACUCUCAGAGAGGAGGCAGUCUCAGCUGCCAGACAGACACAGACCGGAGGCGCUACUCACCGGUAGAGGUGGGCUACAGUGCCUACCUGAAGGCAGACAUCGCCCCCAAGUCCCCCAAGGAGCUCUACACCCCUGUGUCCCCCGUCUCCUCCAGUAAGGCCAUAGAGGGAGGGCAGAAGAUGCUGACCGCUGACCCGACCAGGUUUUCCUCCAGCCCUAGGAUGCUGAAGCCUGGACAAUAUUCUAUGUCUGACCCUAAGUCUGUCAGCCACACAACCGAGGACAGGAUAGGCUACCACUACUCAGACAGCUACUCUGUAAGUCAUUGUAGUAAGAAUACUGGGAAUAUAAAAUAGUGUUAAAUAUGACCAUGUUAAAGGCAUUGUAAAACACAUUGAUUGCAUGCUGUUGAAAUGUUUGUUGAAAGUAAAAACCAGAACUUUUGUAUAAUUUCAACCAGUGGUUUUGAAAGUGUUGCUCACAAGCCAAAGCGGGUCCCCGUUCUUUGUGUACUAUGUCAUCCUGAUAUGUACAAAUGUUCUGUGCUUAAGAUCCCGGACUGCAUCUUUAAGUACUCUUAUCUUAUCUAUUGUCUUAUUGAUUUUUCCUCUGUCUGUCCUAGGGCCAGGGCUCUUCGUCAGGCACGGGAAAGAAGGUGAAGAGGACCCUUCCCAACCCACCCCCUGAAGAUGACCUUCUGACUGGCCCGUCAGGUUACAGCACCAACUCAGCCCGUCGCCGGCUUGGCCGUCACACCACCAUGGCCCGGGCCAAGAUCCUGCAGGACAUUGACAAGGAGCUGGACCUGGUGGAGAGAGAGUCAUCCAAGCUCCGCAGGAAACAGGCCGAGCUAGAUGAGGAGGAGAAAGAGAUUGAUGCCAAGCUGAGGUAAUUUAUUAAUUUUUACAUUUGUGAAAGAGGCAAGUCAAUUAAGAAGCAGUUAUGAUUUACAAUACAAUAACAUACUUUAGAUGAGUAGAACACAUUGGUGUGUAUGAAGUGAUCCCCCCCCACACACACACACUCCCCCAGGCAUAAUAGGACCCAUAUCGUCCAGAAAUAUAUACUUUUGACUCAUCUGUCCAUAGAACAUUCUUCCAAGAGUCGUGAUGAUCAUCCAGGUGCUUCCAGGUGAUUUUUGGCAAAUUUGAGUCAACUUUUUGGACGAGAUGGGUCCCAUUAUGUCUGGCGAAAACCAAACAUUGCAUUCUACAGUAAGAACCUCAUACCAACGCAUACCAAUGGUUAAGCAUGGUGGUGGUAGUGUGAUGGUUUGGGGAUAGUUUGCUGCCUCAGGACCUGGACGACUUGCCUUAAUAGAAGGAGCAAUGAAUUCUGCUCUGUAUCAGAGAAUUCUACGGGAGAAUGUCAGGCCAUCCGUCUGUGAGCUGAAGCUGAAGCACAGCUGGACAAUGAUCCAAAACACAUAAUCAAGUAUACAUGAAAAUGGUUAAAAAGCAACACAUUUGAAGUUUUGUAAUGGCCUAGUCAAAGUCCAGACCUAAUCCCAAUUGAGAUGUUGUGGCAGGACUUAAAACAAACAGUUCAUGCUUGAAAACCCACAAGUGUCGCUGAGUUAAGUCAGUUCUGUCAUUGCAGCUAAAGGUGGCACAACCAGUUAUUGAGUGUAAGGGGGCAAUUACUUUUUCACACAGGGGAAUUGGUGUUGCAUAACUUUUUAAUUAAAUAAAUAAAAUAAGUAUAUUUUUGUUAUUUGUAAACUCAGGUUCCCUUUAUCUAAUAUUAGGUUUUGGUUGAAGAUCUGAUAACAUUCAGUAUCAAAAAUAUGCAAAAAUAGAGAAAACAGAAAGGGGGCAAAUACUUUUUCAUGGCUCUGUAAAUCCAAUCCCAUCUUCUCCUUCUAACAGGUACCUUGAGAUGGGCAUCAACCGUCGUAAGGAUGCCCUACUGCAGGAGAGGGAGAAGAGGGAGAGGGCCUACCUGCAGGGUGUGGCUGAGGAGAGAGACUACAUGUCGGACAGUGAGGUCAGCAACAUCAGGGAGACCAGAGGGAGCAACCUCGGCCUGGAGAGACCCAGGACAGCUCCCCAGUCAGAGUUUGACCAGUUCAUCCCCCCUCAGACUGAGGCUGACUCUCAGUACUCCACUCUGACCAGUCCCUACUCCCACUACACCCAGUAUGCCCCCCAGACCCAGGCCACCAGCCAGUACCCCCAGAAGACCCUGUACCAGCAGCAGGCCCUGUACCAGCAGCACCCCUACCAGAGUCAGUCAGUCUACUCCUCUGUGCCCAGCCUGUCCUACCCCCAGGCCUCCCACUCCCACCAGCAGGCGCAGUCCUCAGGCUACCAGUCCAAGAACACCACCAACUACGAGGUGAUCCGGAACCAGCCCAUCAUCAUUGUACCCUCCUCCAGCGAGGUUGGGUAUGGGGUGGGGAAGUACGACAGCCUGGAACUAAGGAUGGGCCUGGAGGAGAGGAGCAUGGCCUCCAGCCCCAUGUCUAAUAUAUCUACUGAGUCCUUCUACGCUGACAUCGACCACCACAACGCCAGGAACUAUGUUCUGAUAGAGGACAUAGAGCAGCUGACUAAAGGCUCUGCAGGACUUGGGUCAGGGUUCAGUCUGCCUGAUAAGGACCUGUCCAAGGCUGACAGGCUGCUCCGGGCCGCUGAGGCCAGGCGCACUGCAGAGGUAACUGUUAUGUAUUUAAAGCAGUGGCAGUCAGUGCUGUUUAAGAUUAGGGAGGACACAUUGUUUUUUGAUUAGCCUUAUUUUUAUUACAGCAUAUUGGAUGACUGUCAUUCAUAUUCCAUUCACCCAGCUCAAUGUAACAUCGAAAGGUUUAGUCUACUAUAUGAUACUCUAAUUUUCCCUAUACCCUUUAUGAGGUUGCUACAACCUAGCCUACGAAUUAAAGUUUAUAAUGUAGGUGCACAGGUCGAGAGAAAAAUUAAAGUAAUCAAGGUGACAGACAGUGACACUUUCAAUACCGCCUCGUACACUCUUGCCUGCAUCUAGCAGAUCUAGGGUGUAAUCAUUAGUCCAAACAGUUGCAAACGAAAGUUUCUAUUGAACAAAUUCAGGUAAGUUUAUCCACGUUUCGUUCCGUUUGUUGCCGUUUAAGAAAAGUUUUUCAACAGAAUCGGCGGAAUGAAUACACCUGAUCAACCGCACACACAGUUCACCUUCAUAGCAGCCACAAACAUACAGCAACAUCACUUUGCUCGUUCUAUAAUUCCUUCUCGCAGCUACGCACUCUCCUCCUCUCACCUUUUCCCUUCGCUUGUGGACUUCAGUGCACAACACAACAGCUGUCUGUGACCAGGCGAAAAAACAUUUCCAAGCCAAACCUUCAUAUCAUAACUGUUAAUCGCUACACACAGCCUACAUCGUUGUCACCAUAUUAGCUAACGUCAUAGUCAACAUAGCUACUAGAACUAAUGCGUUAGUAAACCCGCUACAAUCACGCAGUACAGUGUACAGCAAGCAGUUUAGCAGUUACACCAGCGGGCCCCAGUGGCAAUAAAAAAACAAAAAAACAAAGCUUACCUUGACUUGGAAAGUUCCAGUGUUGGGUAGCCUUAGCUAGCAUAAUUAGCAUUCCUCUCUGUUUGAGUUGGGUGUUUGAGUAGGCUAAAUUAGCUAGCUGGAUUAGCUAGCUAAGUAAGUGAAAGUGGAAAAAAAAUACGACGAAACAUAGCUAGCUCUCUUUUUCUCUUUCUCUCUCUCUCUCUCUCUCUCUCUCUCUCUCUCUCUCUCUCUCUCUCUCUCUCUCCCUCUCUCCCUCUCUGCUGCUUCUCCUUAGUUUUUGAAGGAAUUAAUUUGUUCAAAACUGUUCAACUAUGGUCUUGCUGUCUCUUUGCGUCAACUACUCACCACAUUUUAUGCACUGCAGUGCUAGCUAGCUAUAGCUUAUGCUUUCAAUACUAAAUUAAUUAUCUGAUCAUUUGUGUGGACAACAUGUCAGUUCAUGCUGCAAGGGCUCAGAUAGGUUGGAGGACGUCCUCCGGAAGUUGUCAUAAUUACUCUGUAAGUCUAUUGAAGGGGGUGAGAACCAUGAGCCUCCUAGGUUUUGUAUUGAAGUAAAUGUACCCAGAGGAGGACGGAAAAUAGCAGUCCUCCGGCUACACCAUGGUGCUACCCCAGAGAGUGCUGUUGAGGCUACUGUAGACCUUCAUUGCAAAAUAGUUUGUUUUAAUCAGUUAUUUGGUGACGUGAAUGUAUGUAGUAUAGUUUUAUCUAAAAAGGAUACCCUUUUUAAUGUUUAACAAUAUCCUCUGAGGAGCCUCCACUGAUUUAAAGUAUACAGUGAGGGAAAAAAGUAUUUGAUCCCCUGCUGAUUUUGUACGUUUGCCCACUGACAAAGAGAUGAUCAGUCUAUAAUUUGAAUGGUAGGUUUAUUUGAACAGUGAGAGACAGAAUAACAAAACAAAAAUCCAGAAAAACCCAUGUCAAAAAUGUUAUAAAUUGAUUUGCUUUUUAAUGAGGGAAAUAAGUAUUUGACCCCUCUGCAAAACAAGACUUAGUACUUGGUGGCAAAACCCUUGUUUGCAAUCACAGAGGUCAGACGUUUCUUGUAGUUGGCCACCAGGUUUGCACACAUCUCAGGAGGGAUUUUGUCCCACUCCUCUUUACAGAUCUUCUCCAAGUCAUUAAGGUUUCGAGGCUGACGUUUGGCAACUCGAACCUUCAUCUCCCUCCACAUAUUUUCUAUGGGAUUAAGGUCUGGAGACUGGCUAGGCCACUCCAGGACCUUAAUGUGCUUCAGCUUGAGCCACUCCUUUGUUGCCUUGGCCGUGUGUUUUGGGUCAUUGUCAUGCUGGAAUACCCAACCACUACUCAUUUUCAAUGCCCUGGCUUAGGGAAGGAGGUUCUCACCCAAGAUUUGACGGUACAUGGCCCCGUCCAUCGUCCCUUUGAUGCGGUGAAGUUGUCCUGUCCCCUUAGCAGAAAAACACCCCCAAAGCAUAAUGUUUCCACCUCCAUGUUUGACGGUGGGGAUGGUGUUCUUGGGGUCAUAGGCAGCAUUCCUCCUCCUCCAAACACGGCGAGUUGAGUUGAUGGCAAAGAGCUCGAUUUUGGUCUCAUCUGACCACAACACUUUCUCCAGUUCUCCUCUGAAUCAUUCAGAUGUUCAUUGGCAAACUUCAGACGGGCAUGUAUAUGUGCUUUCUUGAGCAGGGGGACCUUGCGGGCGAUGCAGGAUUUCAGUCCUUCACGGCCUAGUGUGUUACCAAUUGUUUUCUUGGUGAAUAUGUUCCCAGCUGCCUUGAGAUCAUUGACAAGAUCCUCCAGUGUAGUUCUGGGCUAAUUCCUCACCGUUUCCAUGAUCAUUGCAACUCCACGAGGUGAGAUAUUGCAUGGAGCCCCAGGCUGAGGGAGAUUGACAGUUAUUUUGUGUUUCUUCCAUUUGCGAAUAAUCACACCAACUGUUGUCACCUUCUCACCAAGCUGCCUGGCGAUGGUCUUGUAGCCCAUUCGAGCCUUGUGUAGGUCUACAAUCUUGUCCCUGACAUCCUUGGAGAGCUCUUUGGUCUUGGCCAUGGUGGAGAGUUUGGAAUCUGAUUGAUUGAUUGCUUCUGUGGACAGGUGUCUUUUAUACAGGUAACAAACUGAGAUUAGGGGCACUCCCUUUAAGAGUGUGCUCCUAAUCUCAGCUCAUUACCUGUAUAAAAGACACCUGGGAGCCAGAACUCUUUCUGAUUGAGAGGGGGUCAAAUACUUAUUUCCCUCAUUAAAAUGCAAAUAAAUUUAUAACAUUUUUUACAUGCAUUUUAGGAUUUUUUUGUUGUUAUUCUGUCUCUCACUGUUCAAAUAAACCUACCAUUAAAAUUAUAGACUGAUCAUUUCUUUGUCAGUUGGCAAACGUACAAAAUCAGCAGGGGAUCAAAUACUUUUUUCCCUGACUGUAUGCUCUUCCUGUGAUAUGUGGGUUUUGUUAUAUAUUCUGUUUCAAUGUGCCUUGUGCUGGUUUUGCUGAAAGUUGCUUAAAAUUAAAUGUAAUAUGAUGAUGAUUUUAUUUUCUUUAUUUAGGUGGCUGCGUUCCUGGGUAACUCACGUCUCCACAGUUACGGUAAAGUAGAGGAGGACUCUAUGGAAGAGCCCUAUGAACUGAAGCUCCUGAAGCAACAGAUAAAGCAGGAGUUUAGACGAGGGACGGAGGGUCUGGAGCACCUCUCAGGCCUGGGAAUGCCUCAGUACCUCUCCACUGACCCAACCUUCAGACACUUCCCUAAGGCUGAGAAGUACAGCAUCAGCCGGCUGACCCUGGAGAAACAGGCUGCCAAGCAGCUUCCUGCUGCCGUGCUCUACCAGAAACAGAUCAAGAACCAGAAGAAGGCAGCCCUGAUGGACCCCAAGAUAACCAAGUUCUCCCCCAUCCAGGAGAGCAGAGACCUGGAGCCAGACUACAGCAGCUUCCUGGGCUCUGGAGCCUCAUCAGUCACCAACCUGUCCACACGAGCCAGACUGCUCCAGGAUGAGAUCAACUUUGGCCUGAAGAAGAACCUGUCUGACCAGCAGAAGUACCUGGGCUCCUCCCUGGGAGCUAACCUUGCUGGCUCUCUGAGCCAGUCCCUUGGCCUGGGGGGACCCACCAUGAGGUCCACCCUACAGGAUGACACCACCUACCCCAGCUGCACGCGCUCUCGCCCCUCCUCACGACCCAACUCCCGCCCCACUUCUGUCUACGGCCUGGAUCUGUCCAUCAAACGGGAUCUGUCCAGCUCCUCUCUCAGGCUGAGGAGCGAGGGAGAAGCCCUGGAUGCAGCGUUCGGCUCCGGGGUGGCCAGGACCAAGCCCACCAGCCUGCCCAUCGGGCGCAUCCCCAUCGUGGCUCAGAACUCGGAAGAGGAGAGCCCUCUGAGCCCGGUGGGAGAGCCCAUGGGCAUGGCCAGAGCCUCAGCCGGCCCUCUACCACCUAUCUCAGCUGACUCCAGAGACCAGUUUGGCUCCAGCCACUCCCUUCCGGAGGUCCAGCAGCACAUGAGGGAGGAGUCCAGGGCUACACGAGGACAUAGUGGGGUCUAUGACAGAGACAUAGCCUUCAUCAUGGACGAUCUGGGGGGAGCGAUGUCUGACAGCGAAGGUAAAUGGCUCCUGAGGCUUUCACAGCACCCUGAGUCUCUGGACAUGCUGCAAUGCUCCUGACUGUGUUUAUGUCUGAGAAGGCUUUGACUCUGUCUCUGUUGUCCUCAUCACUUAUUAUUUCACAUGGUUUUAUCAUCAUGCUGUCUUUGUCUUUUAUUCUGGUUUAUGUUUCUGUCUUGUUUGAUCUCUGCAUGCAACACUAUUUGUUCUAUUGUCUUCUUCACCGAUACGUAAUACUGUUGAUGUUAUGUAUGAGACCGCCUUGUGUGUCUGUGUUGUUAUUAGCAUGCUCCAGGUCUCUUCUCUUCUUUUACAUGUUGGCUUCCUGCUUUCAUCACUGACCAAAUUUAUUAUGGGAUGGAUACAGGGCUUCUUUUAACCAUACAGAACAGUGAAGUAAAAAUAGUGUAUUAUAUGUGAUCAUAAAUAGCACACACUUUAAGUGCCUCUGUGGACUGCUUUUGAAGAGGGUGAUAGCCUAUUUAAAUGAGUGGGAGACUAAUGAAUAUGCAACAGUAGCUGGUAAACUGUCGCUACAAUCUGGGUGCUAUCUAUAGUCUAUACAGGCUGUUAGAUUCAUGAUAGGAUGACAGAGAGAAAUACCCUGGGACUACAUGCCCUGUCGUCUACUGUACACCACUCCUCCUCCUCUCUCCUCUCCUUUCCUUUUCUUCUCCUGACAGAAAAUGGUGUCUGGUUUUUGUAGGAAGUAGGUCAGGCCUUUAGACAGACAUAUAUUUACUUUUCCAAGCACCCUUGCAGCUAUUGUGGAGCUUGGCCUGCUGUCAGCAUCCAUUUUAAAGGCAUAAUGCUGAAUCACUAUGUGUGGGUCUGGGUCUACUUACUGUAAUUGUUCAGACGAUGCAGUCAGCCAUUUAUAUAGUACCUGCUUCACUCACUUUGUCUCUUUACCAGAAAUGCACACAAACUAUUACAGCAGUAAUAAUACAGAGAGCUUAUGCUCACUUUUAUAUUGCAAUGCAAUUACAUUGUUUCCCUAGGGAUUAUAUAGAUUAUUUGUUUGUGUAUUUGAGUUUUAGAUAUGGACCCAUAGUAGACAUAUACACUGAGUAUACAAAACAUUAAGAACACUUGCUCUUUCCCUGACAUAGACUGACCAGGUGAAAGCUAUGAUCCCUUAUUAAUGUCAGUUGUUAAAUCCACUUCAAUCAGUGUAGAUGAAGGGGAGAAGACAGGUUAAAUAAGGAUUUUCAAGCCUUGAGACAAUUGAGACAUGGAUUGUGUAUGUGUGCCAUUCAGAGGGUGAAUGGGCAAGACAAAACAUUUAAGUGCCUUUGAACGGGGUAUGGUAGUAGGUGCCAGGCUCACCGGUUUGAGUGAGUCAAGAACUGCAAUGCUCCUGGGUUUUUCACGCUCAACAGUUUCCCGUGUGUAUUAAGAAUGGUCCACCUCCCAAAGGACAUCCAGCCAACUUGGCACAACUGUGGGAAGCAUUGGAGUCAACAUGGGCCAGCAUCCCUGUGGAGCUCUUUUGACACCUUGUAGAGUCCAUGCCCCAACGAAUUGAGGCUGUUCUGAGGGCAAAAGGGGGUGCAACUCAAUAUUAGGAAGGUGUUCCUAAUGUUUUGUACACUCAGUGUAUGUUAUGAUACUCACACUACACAGUUAUUUAUAGCAUAUUCAUCCCUGCCCAUCUUGAGUAUUUCCAUUUUGUAUUCAUGCAUGUCGCUGUGAGAUAAAAUGUGUUUGAGUUUCCAUUUCAAUAAAGCUUGAAAUCGUCUUUUGCAUGAUGUUGGAUGCUUUAAAUGUUUCUAAGCGACUAAUGUGCAUGCUCUCUUCUGAUUGGUAGCAUAUUAAUGUGUUCUCUCCCUAUCUCCUCCUGUGGAGUAAGUGUGAAAUUACAGCUGUCCUUCUAGCAUCUCUGUUUUCUAACCAGGACCACACUCCUAAACAUGCCCCAAUGCUUCUGCCCUAUGUUUCUAUUGGCCCGGCAUAGUGUAGUUACUGAUAUUUAGUUUCAGAAUGCACACCAUUGACUCUACAUAUUUGAAAAUAUAUUUUUGAAAAAACAAGCAGAAACACACAGACACACGCACAUGCUAAUAAACAUAUAUGCAAGUUGAUUAUUUUUACAUAGCAUUUUUAUUUGAAUAGCAUGUAAAACAGUUUUACAUUUACUAUAAAACUGACCCCAAUGACAGGUCAGUUAGUAGCUGAUAAGCAGCAGAAUGCUCUAUUUCUGACCCUACAUAAAUAAGAGUGUCUAUCUGCCUUGGUUCCAGCCCUAAAUGACUCCAUGCUGACACUGAACAGAGAUGAUCCCCGAAUCUUUCAUGAGAGUAUCAGACACGGUAGAGUAUUAUAGUUUAGUUCCUCCCCACUGGCCCUGCUGCCUGCCCUCCACUAAUACAGCAGCACCAUGUUAAAGGGACACUCCGCAAUAUGACAUCAUCAUACCCAGCCAUGCCUCAACGAAGGGCGCAAAUUGGCAAGAGCAAAUAAGUCGCCCCACUGUGAUGUCAUAUAGUUGAGUCUACCUUUUGAUGUUUAGAAUGCUUUAGUCCCCAUGUGACUUUACAGUAUCUAAGUCAAUGCUAUGCAUUUGAUAUAUUUUAGUAAAUACCCAUGUAUUUGUAGGUAGAUAAUUUUACAAUUAUUCUACAAUUGCUGUAUUAUGACAUACAUCUUUCAUGCACUUCUCUUCAGAAAUGCAAACUCCCUGCAAGACUAUAAUGUUAUAAGAUGUAUUUAUUUGCUUUCAAAGCAUGUGCUACACUUAUAUUUAGUUCAGUGCAUGUGAUAUACAGUGUAAGUGGAUGGAGACAUAGUCCACUGAAUAAGUCUUAGAUUAAUUGACGUUGUGUUGUAGCCGUUUCUAAAACAUAUAACUUUACACCCCAGCCGGAGGCCCCAACUGGAACAUAGAAGGUGAGAGCUGCAGUGUGAACGGUCUAAUCCAGACCACAUCCCAACCCCAUGUAGCUUAGACAAUGUCUGCCUCCACCCCACAACACCCAUGCCCCAUGAUGCUCAAUGACCUGAUGUCGAUGGUAUCACACACACAAACAUUUUAGACCCAUUUCUGGAAUGACCCAUAUUUGAAUGGUACUUUACACAUAUCAAACUCAUAAUGGAAUGACCCAUAUCUUGAUGUUAAUGUACUGUAAACAUAUAUUAUACUGUAGUGGUUACCCAAUCCAUUUCUGGAAUGACCCACAUUUAAAUGGUUCUGUACAUAUAUCAAACCCAUUUCUGGAAUUCAUGUUCAUGCACUAUUGCAAGGUCGUUCAGAUACGGCUCCACAUUUGCAUGACAUACAUUACCACAGCAAUGGUAUGUCUGAAUACCACGUCAGUAUUUGUCAAGUGUCUCUCACACGAUGAUAGAUGCAACACUGAUCAUAAUGUUAGAUCACCCUGAUAACAACACCAGCUAACAAUGUCCCACCUCACUGUCUCAGGGCAAAGGGAACUGUAAUGUACUUGUGACUGUGGAAGACACUCACCUUCAGUCUGUCCCUUGGGGUGGGAGCUAGGUGGCAAUGUGGAAUUGGGCAUGAGUAGCACCCCCUUAAAAUACUUUAUAAACACAUCCUUCGCUCCAUGUCUACUGCUUCUAGGUGAUCACUGAUCUAAACAGCUGGGGAUGGGACAGAGCAAGGUUUCCACCACUCUGCCUUCACCUCUCCAGACAGCUCAGAUCGCUGAUCACCUAGAAGCAGUAGACAUGGAGCGAAGGAUGUGUUUAUAAAGUAUUUUAAGGGGGUUCCACAUUGCCACCUAGAUCCCACCCCAAGGCACUUGUGUAGAUCUGAUCAUUCACAUAGACUCUGCCAAGCCUAGCAGAGUGUGAUUUAGAGUUAUUACAAUAUUGCUAAUACCUUCAGAUCUACAUGUAGGGUCAGGGGCUAGAGGCUAGUGGUUGAUUUGGAGUUGGGCAUCUAUCCUGCUUGUAAAGGGUUUGACCAUUGAGUAUCCCCUCUCUGUCUGUGUCCCUGUCCCCCUUUCUCCACCCCUGUCUCCUCCUCCCCAUGUCUCUGUCCCUGUGUAGCAUACCACCUGAGGAGGGAGGACACUGACUGGUUUGACAAGCCUGCAGAGAGACAACAUCGGGUAAACGGACAAGCUCUGGACAGGAGACAGGUUAGAGGAGCUGGAUAGAUAUACAUUUGUUGACUACAUUUAAUAAACAACAUUAUAAACCGGUUGGUUUGAGCCCUGAAUGCUGAUUGGCUCAGACUAUACCACGGGUAUGAGAAAAAAAUAAAUGUUUACUGUUCUAAUGACGUUGGUAGCCAGUUUAUAAUAGCAAUAAGGCACCUCUGGGGAGUGUGGUAUAUGGCUAAUAUACCACGGCUAAGGGCUGUAUCCAGACACUCAGUGUUGCGUCAUGCUAAGAACAGCCCUUAGCCGUGGUAUAUUGGCCAUAUACAUAUACCACACCCCCUCGUACCUUAUUGCUUAAAUAUCCUAUAUUUUCUCAUAAUUUAAUGUACAUCGGUAGUGACUGUUGUUCAUGUUGUCUUUAGCUGAGUUGUAUUGGUGUGCUGCCAUAUUGUUGUUGUUGUUGUUGUAAUCAAUGUACUGUACCUUGACUGUUCUGAUGUCCCUGUCCCUCCCACAGAUGAAGUUGAUUCCCUAUGUGUACCCUCAUACCCGGAUCAAAGUUCAGAGAGACCCCAAGGACACCAGCGUUUCAGGUAGAGCACCCAAACGUACAGCAAACAUUCUAUAAUGUACAAAUAUAUGCCUAUUCAACUGUAAUAAUAGGAUCUCAAACUCUGGAAUUCCAAUAUGAAAUUUCAGGCCAUAAUGUUUCAUUGGUGUGUGUGUGUUCCCUGCAGGGAAUGGCCUGGGGAUCCGUGUGGUGGGAGGGAAAGAGAUUCCUGGGAGUCGUGGUGAGAUAGGAGCUUACAUUGCCAAGGUUACGCUCGGAGGAGUGGCCGAACAGACAGGGAAAGUGGUGGAAGGUAAGUGUAUGUGCACAUGUGCGUGUGUAAGGUAUAAGUGGAGCAAGAGAAGGAGGAGAGAACAAGAGAUGAGUCAUCUUCUCUGGCCAUACAGGGACACACACUCUGAUUUAAGGUUGAGAAAGUACUGUGGGUUAUAGCCGAUGGGAACGUCAUUAUACUGAUAUCAAAAUCAAAUCAAAUGUUAUUUGUCACAUACACAGUUUACAGCAGGCAUAACAGGUGCAGAGAAAUGCUUGUGUGCUAGCUCCCUCAAAGAUAAUACAAUAAUAAGAGUUAAAUAAAAAAUAACAAGUAAUAGAAGAGAUACUAUGCUUAGUAAUAAUAUACUAUAUUUACAAAUAUAAAGUAGGUAUGUUAAUCCGUGCAGAAUGACACAAUUUAAGUGACAUCUGGAAAAAUCUAUGAUUAACAUUCUUAUCGGGGUAUAUCAUAACUCCUAAGUGCAUGUUAUAUUAAUUUAAAUUUGUCCUAGUUAAGCUGGAUGAGGUAUAUUGAUAAUUUCACAAGUGUUCUGGAGGAGAUAGACUUCUCAAUGUCAGAUUUCAGCUCAGAGCAGAUAAGCUAAUGUUUUAAGCAGGAAUCUAUUAUUAUAUUAAUAAUACCAGACCAAUGUCAGCUCACUAUGAAUAUCUUUGCCAAACUCUCUGAGCGCCAGAGAGAGAUGAGAGGGUAUGUGUGUGUACAGUAUAUGUGUGUUUGCAUGCGCAUGAGUGUGAGCGUGCAUUUGCAUCUGUCAUGUCUCAUUCUCUGAGAUGUCAGAUAUCCAGAAAAAAAGCUCUGUCAACUCACUCUGCCCCUUCGCAACGCACCACAGGAUUAGUCAUUAUGCUGUAUUUAGUACACACACACAGUCACACACACGCACACACACACUGUCACACACAGGCACACACACACACUGUCACACAUGCGCACACACACACACUGUCACACACACGCACACACACACACACAGUCACACACACGCACACACACACGGUUACACACGCACACACACACACACACACACACACUGUCACUGACAUGCACACACACACACACACAGUCGCACACACACACACUGUCACGCCCACACACACUGUCACACACACGCACACACACACACUGUCACACACAUGCACACACACACACAGUCACACGCACACACACACUGUCACACACACACAGUUACACACACACACACACACACACUGUCACACACACACACUGUCACACACAUGCACACACACACACACACACACACUGUCACACACACACAGUCACACACACGCACACACACUGUCACACACACGCACAUACACACUGUCACACACAUGCACACACACACAGUCACACACACACACACACACACACACACACACACACACUGUCACACACACUGUCACACACACACACACACACACACACAUUGUCACACACACACACACACACACACACUGUCACAUUAGAAACUGUAUUUAGCUCUCUAUCUUUCUGUUUCUGUCCUGUGCUGCGUUGUGAAGGGGCAGAGUGAGUUGACAGAGCUUUUUUUCUGGAUAUCUGACAUCUCAGAGAAUGAUACAUGACAGAUGCAAACGCACGCUCAUGCGCACUCAAACACACAUAUUACUGUAAAACUCCUCUUUCUGAAGCACAGAGAUUAGUACAGGCUGAAGAUAAUAACAUAGAAGAGACUUCAGAACACCACUCUAACUACCAGACAUCCUGAACAAUGUGACAGUAGAUCUCUCCCACUGAUAGAUUUUCGGGGGGGAUUUACUCUGACAUGUAGUACAUGUUUGAGCAUCCAGCCCUCCUGCGUUGAACCAGAGGGAAAGCCUCGUUCUUUAUGGUUCUAUAGCAUAAUCCACUGCAGUUAGGGAUGUGAGGGUUCAUCUACUCCCUCUUUCUGUCACACUCAGUUCAGACGUGGUGACGUCACACCCUGGCGGUGACACUAGCGAUAUGUGACAGCCUUUGCUGAGAGAGGAAGGAGGAGUUUGAAGGACACACACACACACACAUACAAACGAACAGAUGUACACACACACACACACACACACACACAACUGUCUCUCUCUGCAUAUCCCAUCUCCCUACAAUCCCCUACAGUUUAUAAUUGUAUUUAGCUUCAUACAAAUUGUGGAGAUAAUUAUGUGUACAGAUUAAUUAGAGAGUGGCGCUGCGGUCUAAGGCACUGCCUCUCAGUGCUAGAGGCAUCACUACAGACCCUGGUUUGAUCCCGGGCUGUAUCACAUCCGGCCAUGAUCGGGAGUCCCAUAGGAUGGCGCACAAUUGACCCAGCGUCGUCCGGGUUAAGGGAGGGUUUGGCCGGGGUAGGCCGUCAUUAUAAAUAAGAAUAUGAUCAUAACUGACUUGCCUAGUUAAAUAAAAGGUUCAGAUUAUUGUAUGGGACACCUUUAAAUGUGCCUUUAGAGGCCAUGCAAUUCAGUACUCAUCUCGAAAACAAAAGCAAUUUAGGUCAAAAGAGUUUAUACUAACAAAGGAAAUAGAAAGUCUAACAGAAUAGAUAGAUGGCAAUAAAAACAUAGACGAAAAACAAAAUGAAAUGGAGAAACUUAUUCAAGAAAGAUCAAGUGUAAUAUAUUAUAAAAAUAAAGCAAACUGGAUUGAUUAUGGGGAAAAAUGCACCAAAUUCUUUUUUAAUCUUCAACAUAGGAAUGCUACCAAAAAUAAUUUUAUGAAACUGGUUACAAUUGACUGAGUCACCCAAGAUUCACCAAAUUAUAUUUUGAAGGAGGAAACAAAGUACUUUAAGCAUAUGUUUUCGUUUCAGUCACCUCUGUCUCCUCUAACUGAAGCUAAUUAUAGAGAUGUUUUUUCUAUUGAUAAUGUAAAAUUAACAGCCAUACAGAAAGACUCAUGAGAAGGUGAAAUUACAGAGGAGGAACUUCUGGAUACAAUUAAAUACUUUAAGUCCGGGAAAACUCCAGGGUUGGAUGGCAUACCAGUCGAGGUAUACCAAACCUUUUUUGAUAUACUAAGAGGACCGUUAUUAGUAUGUUUUAACCACUCCUAUGUAAAUGGUAGAUUAUCUGACACUCAAGAAGAAGAUCUCAUUAUUACUGAAACAGGAUACAAGUGGAAAUUUUAAAGAUCCAGUCCAUUAAAAAAAUUGGAGGCCCCUUACACUUCAGUGUUGUGAUGCAAAAAUUCUAGCAAAAUGUAUUGCGCAUAUAAUUAAAAAGGUAUUGUCGGAUAUUAUUCAUUCUAAUCAGACAGGUUUUUUACAUGGAAGAUACAUUGGAGAUAAUAUAAGGCAAGUAUUGGAAACAAUAGAACACUAUGGAAAAUCUGGGAAACCAGGCCUGCUAUUCAUAGCAGACUUCGAAAAGGCAUUUGAUAAAGUACGACUGGGGUUUAUAUAUAAAUGCCUGGAGCAUUUCAAUUUUGGAGAAUCUCUUAUAAAAUGGGUCAAAAUCAUGUAUAAUAACCCUAGGUGUAAAAUAGUAAAUAAUGUCUUGUUCUCAGAAAGUUUUAAACUGUCAAGAGGACUGAAACAAUGUUGUCGACUAUCGGCAUAUCUAUUUAUUGUGGCCAUUGAGAUAUUAGCUAUUAAAAUCAGAUCCAACAAUAAUAUCAGGGGAUUAGAAAUCCAGGGCUUAAAAACAAAGGUGUCAUUGUACGCUGAUGAUUCAUGUUUUCUUUUAAAUCCACAACUAGAAUCCCUCCACAGCCUCAUAGAGGAUCUAGAUACAUUUUACAUUUUACAUUUACAUUACAUUUACGUCAUUUAGCAGACGCUCUUAUCCAGAGCGACUUACAAAUUGGUGCAUUCACCUUAUGAUAGCCAGUGGGACAACCACUUUACAAAUUUUUUAUUCUUAAUUUUUUGAGUAUAUUUUUAAUUUUAAUUUGUUUUAUAUAUAUAUAUAUAUAUAUAUAUAUAUAUAUAUAUAUAUAUAUAUAUAUAUAUAUAUAUUUGUUGUAUUUUUUUAUUAUUUUUCCCAAAAAUGUUUUGUGACUUUCUACUAUUUUUUAAAUAUUAAUUAUUUUAUCCUUGUAUAUAUAUAUAUAUUAUUUUUUGUGGGGGGGGUAGAAGGAUUACUUUUAUACUAUCCCAGAUAUUCCUUAAAGAGGUAGGGUUUCAAGUGUCUCCGGAAGUUGGUCAGUGGCUCCGCUGUCCUGGCGUCGUGAGGGAGCUUGUCCCAACAUUGGGGUGCCAGAGCAGCGAACAGUUUUGACUGGGCUGAGUGGGAACUGUGCUUCCGCAGAGGUAGGGGGACCAGCAGGCCAGAGGUGGAAGAACGCAAUGCCCUCGUUUGGGUGUAGGGACUGAUCAGAGCCUGAAGGUAAGGAGGUGCCGUUCCCCUCACAGCUCCGUAGGCAAGCACCAUGGUCUUGUAGCAGAUGCAAGCUUCAACUGGAAGCCAGUGGAGUGUGCGGAGGAGCGGGGUGACGUGAGAGAACUUGGGAAGGUUGAACACCAGACGGGCUGCAGCGUUCUGGAUGAGUUGUAGGGGUUUAAUGGCACAGGCAGGGAGCCCAGCCAACAGCGAGUUGCAGUAAUCCAGACGGGAGAUGACAAGUGCCUGGAUUAGGACCUGUGCCGCUUCCUGUGUAAGGUAGGGUCGUACUCUGCGAAUGUUGUAGAGCAUGAACCUACAGGAUCGGGUCACUGCUUUGAUGUUAGCGGAGAAGGACAGGGUGUUGUCCAGGGUCACGCCAAGGUUAUUUGCACUCUGGGAGGAGGAUACAACGGAAUUGUCAACCGUGAUGGCGAGAUCAUGGAGCGGGCAGUCCUUCCCCGGGAGGAAGAGCAGCUCCGUCUUGCCGAGGUUCAGCUUGAGGUGGUGAUCCGACAUCCACACUGAUAUGUCUGCCAGACAUGCAGACGUGAUUCGCCACCUGGUUAUCAGAAGGGGGAAAGGAGAAGAUUAAUUGUGUGUCGUCUGCGUAGCAAUGAUAGGAGAGACCAUGUGAGGAUAUGACAGAGCCAAGUGACUUGGUGUAUAGAGAGAAUAGGAGAGGGCCUAGAACUGAGCCCUGGGGGACACCAGUGGUGAGAGCACGUGGUGCAGAGACAGAUUCUCGCCACGCCACCUGGUAGGAGCGACCUGUCAGGUUGGACGCAAUCCAAGAGUUAGCCGCGCCGGAGAUGCCCAACUCGGAGAGGGUGGAGAGGAGGAUCUGAUGGUUCACAGUAUCAAAGGCAGCAGAUAGGUCUAGAAGGAUGAGAGCAGAGGAGAGAGAGUUAGCUUUAGCAGUGCGGAGAGCCUCCGUGACACUGAGAAGAGCAGUCUCAGUUGAAUGACCAGUCUUGAAACCUGACUGGUUUGGAUCAAGAAGGUCAUUCUGAGAGAGAUAGCAGGAGAGUCUAACCUCUCUGGAUUACAACCAAAUUAUGACAAAUGUACUAUAUUACGGAUUGGAUCACUAAAAAAUACAAUUUUUACAUUACCAUGUAGUUUACCAAUAAAAUGGUCUGAUGGUGAAGUGGAUAUACUCAGCAUACAUAUCCCAAAUGAAAUAAAUUAUCUCACUUCAAUACAUUUUAAUAGAAAAUUAGCAAAAAUAGAUAAGAUCUUGCUACCAUGGAAAGGUAAAUACCUGUCAAUUUGUGGAAAAAUCACCCUGAUUAACUCUUUUGUAUUAUCCCAGUUUACCUAUUUGCUUAUGGUCUUGCCUACGCCUAGCGAACAGUUUUUUAAAUUAUAUGAGAAAAAAAUAUUCCAUUUUAUUUGGAACGGCAAGCCAGACAAAAUUAAACGGGCCUAUUUAUAUAAUGAAUAUGAAUUCGGAGGACAUAAAUUAUUAAAUAUUAAAGCAUUAGACCUAUCACUAAAAGCUUCAGUCAUACAAAAGUUAUACAUAAAUCCGAACUGGUUCUCUAGCAAAUUAGUAAGAUUGUCUCACCCAACAUUCAAGAAUGGCCUUUUUCCCUUUAUUCAGAUUACAACCACUCACUUUCAGUUAUUUGAAAAGGAAAUAAUCUCCCAAAUAUCACUAUUUCUAAAACAAGCCAUAGAAAGUUGGUUGCAAUUUCAAUUUAAUCCUCCAGAAACGACAGAACAAAUAAUGCAACAAAUAUUGUGGUUAAACUCAAAUAUACUAAUUGACCCAAAACUUUUUUUGGGACAAAAUUUAAAAAAAUAAGUUAUUAUCUUCAUAAAUGAUAUCAUCGGUAGGACUGGUGGAGUUAUGUCGGACAUGCAGCUAACAAUAACAUAUGGAAAUGUCUGCUCUACCCAAAAUUACAACCAAAUAAUUGCAGCCUUACCGCAAAAAUGGAUGAGGAAAGUGGAAGGGGGAGAGAGUAAGGAACUUGUCUGUCGGCCUUGCAUUAAAGAACAUAAUUGGUUAAGGAAAACUGUGAUAAAUAUAAAAGUA